GAUUAUGUUGUAAGCGGGCAAGUUGGUACAACAAAACUUGUACGGUCCACUAUAUGGAAGUAAGCAAGUCAUGGUAUAGGCGGGUUAAUCAUAUGCCGGAUGAACUAGUUCUGCUGAAGUUAUUGAAGUGUUUGCAUGAAGAAAAUACUGAAAUGUUAACAAAUAUGAUUGUUGACAUGUUACCAUGGCUACAAGUGUAAGAAACUAAUCAGACUUUCAACAACAUAUUGAGCUUGAAAUCUCCCAAGAUGGCUUCCAGUGUGUCAAACAAGUACUCCUAUUCUGACACAUUUGAAGGGACAUCGGUUCCCUCCGAGACGUCUUCGCCAGAGAUAGUUUAUACAAUCCCAUUUGAUGAGGACAAAAAUAUCAGCAGAACAAGCCAGUACUCCAGUGGAAGUCUCAGUGAUGACAGCACACACACACAGACACUCACUAAUAGGAAGAAGUGUAAUACCAGUAAGACAAGUCAGUACUCCAGCACGAGCUCGGGCCAUCAGACAUCACACAGUCAUACACCUACGUUCACUAGUCGUGAGAACCAGACUACCAAUGAGCAUUCUAGUGGAGGUGUUAGCUAUGACAGAACAUCCUACACACAUGCCUAUACAAGUGAUGUGUCGGAUACUCUAACCUACCAGGAAGACUUCACUGAUGUAGAGGGAGGAACAGAUGUUGAGGAUGCUUUCUCUUACUCGGAUACGUUUGAGGACAGCGCGUUUCCUACAGACACUGUGAGGUCCUCAGUACAAGAAGGGCAGGACUCCCGCAGCUAUCUGGAGACUGUCGCCUCAGAGGACACUAGUAACCAGGAGAGGAAGUACCUGGAUGACUCCUUUGAGAGUCCGAGUCUGACAGCAACAAGUCGUGAUGGACACACGCUUGACUUCACAGAGAGCCACAUCUUUGGGCCGGCUACUGAGGAGAUCCGGGAGCUGUCUGCUGAAGAUUUAGCUAAGGCCGAGGCUUUUGAAGCAAGGGAAAACUUCCUCAACAACUUGCUGGGACGUCUGAAGGCGUCAAAGACAGUUUCUAAUCGCAGUACAAGGCCUCAGCAGGUCAAAAAAGCGUCAAAAAGUCGUGAUGAGAAGAAGUUCUGCCAGCGGACAAUCAAUCGGCUGAGGUCACCCAAGAUGGGUGAGGCUGACAUACGAGAUGCUGGAGCACACCAGUCGGAGACACUCAGCAGUCAGCCGCUGGAAGCAUAUGGGCUGGCCCCUGCACUGAUGGACAGACUGAAGCUUGAUAACCUCAUCCACAAGAUGAAGAAGUUGUCCUCGCAGGAAGUGCAUGACGUCCACAAGUGCAAGCCGUGCAGGAAACAACAACGGAAGCUGGAAGAAGCAGAAGCGAGACAACAUUUCCUCAACUAUCACCACCAUCGACUUCAGGCCAGAGAUGUGGAUGCCAGGGUAGAUUCUCAUCUUACCAGGAUGACUUCCAUCAACCUUAUCGGUGAGCUGGUCCAGAUGUUCCCCCGACCCGACACAUCCUCCGGGGACCUGCUGUACCUGUACAAGCAACAGCUUCACAGGAGGAGGAUGGAUGCCUAGGCCAACAGCGUGUCUUACAGGCAUCAGGAGUCAGCUGUGGACAAGGAGUAGGCCAUCUGACAGACACUAGAAUAACUGCCGAUCAGCACUUAAUCACUGCCUGGCGUCACUGGGAUGACAUCGGACACUGUGUGUUUGCUCUGUGCUGUCAUCAGACAUCGUGUGAGUGCUCUGUAAUGUCAUCAGACACUGUGUGAGUGCUCUGUGCUGUCAUCAGACACUGUGUGAGUGCUCUGUAAUGCCAUCAGACACUGUGUGAGUGCUCUGUGAUGUCACCAGACACUGUGCGAGUGCUCUGUGAUGUCAUCAGACACUGUGUGAGUGCAUUGUGAUGUCAUCAGACACUUUGUGAGUGCUUUGUGAUGUCAUCAGACACUGUGUGAGGGCUCUGUGGUGUCUGUUUUACCAUACAUGAGGACUUCAGCAUAUGAUUCUUCUCAUUCUCACAUACAUGUAUGAAAUAAACAAAAGUGUUAAUGAUCUGA